AUGGCGACAGAUUCCUCUUGCGGGAAGAAGCAUGGCGACAGAUUCUUCAUCGCCCAAUUCCAGCUGUGGAUCGACGGCAUUAUAAGCGCAGGCAAUUGGAACAUACCCUUCGCGCCACUACACCUCACAAUAUACGCCACAUGGUCGACGGCGCCUCUCACCGGGGCUGUCCGUGCUGAUUCUUGUAUGGUAAUCGUCACUUACGACCCAAUAGAGCUUACUAUGGCUCUAGCCAGCUGGUUCCACCACAAGGGCAAGGCUUUGUACAAGGACAAGGUUCUCGAUCUGAUUGAUCGCACUCUGUAUAACUUUGGCUUCACCGAGGUGGAGCUGGACUACUUCAUCACUGGCAGCGAGCACGAGUACCGCUAG